ACAUUUGUGAUCUGUCAAAAUAGUUGUGACGACACGGUUCGAUCGUGUAGUUUUUCAACUGUUUUAAUACUGUAAAUAAUUAAUACUUUUCCUUGAAAUUUCAUAUUCUGUGCUCAUUUCGACAAGUCUACACGUAUACGUAAAGAAGAAACCAUGUCUGAGAAGCAUUUACAGACCGGUGAUGCCCUGCCCCCUUACCCUGGGAAGUUGCGUCUAUUUGCGAUGCGCUUCUGUCCGUAUGCUGAGCGCAGCGUUCUCGUACUGAACGCUAAGAACAUCCCAUAUGAGACGGUGUUCAUCAACUUGGAUCAUAAACCGGACUGGAUCUUCUACUACAGCCCUAAAGGUACAGUACCAGCUCUAGAGUAUGAAGCUGGGAAGGGCAUAUUUGAUAGCAACAUCAUCAACUUCUACCUUGAUGAAAAGUAUCCGGAGCCACCCCUGCAGUCUGCUGACCCUCUUCGCCGUGCACAGGACAAGAUGCUUGUCGAGAACUUUUCUGGUGCUCAAGCAGCAUACUACACAGCCGCCUUCAACUCGCAAGCACUACAGUCCAGCCACUUGGAAACCUAUCAGAAGGGUUUGGACUUACUCCAAAAGGAACUUGAGACCCGUGGCACUACAUACUUGAACGGAAAUGAACCUGGACUGAUUGACUACACUAUCUGGCCAUUCCUGGAGCGAUUCCAAGCUCUCCCACUGUUGGGCAAGACUGAUUUCGCGAUUGACAAGUCUAAAUAUGCAGUAUUGGUAACAUACAUAGAAGCAAUGAAGAAUGUCCCUGCUGUGAAGUCGUAUUACCUACCUCCGGAGACUCACGCUAAGUUUACCGAGUCCCGUUCCAAGGGUGAUCCUGACUACAACAUGCUCGAUACCAGCGCCGUGUGCUGCAUGCGCCCGCGUAAGAAGAAGGAAUAAAGUGAUAUUUCAUUACUUAAGUAAAAAUUAUAGGUACUUACACAUUGAUGUAAUUUUCGAAUCGCAAUUGUUAACGCUAAAAUAAAAGUACAAGGUAUUUUAACUUU